AUGACAUUCUCACUACAAAAAGUUCAUCUUCUCUUUAAAAUAAUGAAUUCCCCUCUUCUUGACUCGCCAGUCCACAUUAAACCAGUAUGAUACUUUCUAGUUGCUUAUAAUAUUCUACGAUCCUUACAAAACAAACUUUGA